UUGCUUUUUCAGGCACGCCAGAUACGCUUUCUCAAUUUGCAAGAACAUCAGAGUAAAGAAUUGCUCAACAGACAUGGCUGCAGUGUGCAGAAGUUCAUUGUGGUGGCGAGCAAAAUAUUUAUUUCAUUUAUAUGUGACGGAAACAUCGAAUACGUCGUGAAAGCGCAAAUCCUGGCAGGCGGUCGCGGUAAAGGCCGUUUCAUCAACGGAAGAUCGGAUUUUAGUGGAGUUUUUAUAACAACGAAUCGUUCUGAAGCACUCAAAUCUGUGGGUGAAAUGGUGGGUAAAAAUCUUGUCACAAAGCAGACAUCCAGAGAUGGGGUCAAGGUCAAAAAGGUGAUGAUUGCCGAAGGAGUACCAAUUAAACGUGAGACUUACGUGGCCGUUCUUAUGGAUCAAGAAUCAAAUGGCCCUGUAGUUGUCGUUUCUCCUGCUGGAGGAGUAGAUAUUGAAGAAGUGGCUGCUGUUACACCGGAUUUGAUUUUUAAGGUGCCUGUUGAUAUUAACGUCGGAAUCACUGAUGUUCAGACACUGAUGAUUGCUAAGAAUUUAAAGUUUAAUGGACACCUUGCCACAACAGCUGCAAAGGAAAUCAAACGGUUGUACGAUCUGUUCAUUGCUGUGGAUGCAACUCAGAUUGAGAUCAACCCUUUCGCAGAAACUGAAGAUGGUCGCGUGUUUUGCAUUGAUGCGAAAAUGAAUUUUGACGAUAGUGCUGCGUUUCGACAAAAAGAAGUUUUCGCUAUGGAAGAUUGGUCUGAACAGGAUUCGCGAGAAUUAGAAGCACACAAGCAUCGCUUGAACUAUAUUGGGAUGGAGGGCAACAUUGCAUGUUUAGUUAAUGGUGCUGGUCUAGCUAUGGCAACGAUGGAUAUCAUUAAGUUAAAAGGAGGUGAACCAGCAAAUUUUCUUGACGUAGGAGGCUCAGUAACAGAAGAACAAGUUUUCCAUGCUUUCCGAAUUAUUACAAGUGAUAUACGGGCGAAGUGCGUAUUGGUGAAUAUUUUUGGAGGUAUUGUUAAUUGCGCAACGAUUGCCAAUGGAGUAGUGUCUGCAUGUCGGAAAAUUAGUCUAGAAGUGCCACUUGUGGUCCGUUUGGAAGAUAUUUCAACCAAUAUUCUCGAUAGUUCACAGGCUAGAACUGUUUAG